AUGGGAAGAAAGAAAAUCCAGAUAUCAAGAAUCGCCGAUGAGCGCAACCGACAGGUGACAUUUACAAAACGUAAAUUCGGACUCAUGAAGAAAGCAUAUGAGCUCUCGGUCCUGUGCGAUUGCGAAAUCGCUCUCAUCAUCUUCAACAGCUCAAACAAGCUGUUUCAAUACGCCAGCACGGACAUGGACAAAGUCUUGCUCAAGUACACUGAGUAUUCCGACCCACACGAAUCUCGAACCAAUUCCGACAUCGUCGAUAUGCUUCACAAGAAAGAGCACAAGAGUUGUGACUCCCCCGACUUGCUCCAGGACUCGUACGACUCGAACAAGUACUCCAAAAUCUCCAACACCGAUGCCUACGGCUCCGCUCCUGCACUCGAUCACAUGGCGGUGAACCCUCAGCAUCUCUACCAGCAGCCGCCGCUCUCCUAUUUACCCAACAGCUUGUUACAUGCUCAGCACCAAAUGGAUCAGCAAAAGAUGCUCUCUCUCAACGGCCGUCACUCUGUUUCUCCUCCGUCCAACUCUUCUUCCAGCCCAUCCCAACCAGCAAUCAUUUUUUCAGAUGAUUCUGGCAUGGUCAGCACUGGCGCAGAUACAGGCAGCGCAUUGAGCUCGACCUACACGGACUUGGACUCGAACAAAGACUCAUCAAAGGACAACCAGCAAAACGGACAACGGCACGCGGCAAACAACGGACAAAUGACCUCGAUCAUCGGACAGAACAACGCAAUCGGCAACGGACAAGCUACAGUAACGAACGGACAGGCAAACGGAUCACCACAGGAUGUGCAGGAACAACUCAGACGAAAGUCGCCAAUGCGAUCUCGACCGGACUUACGUGUUCACAUUCCCGCAUCGUCACACGCUCCCACCUUGAAUCCAUCUCUCGUCGGCCAAAGCUCUCUCCAGAAUCCCUACUCUCAAGUGCUACCAACAUACGGAUCAGAUUACAUGCUCGGACAACCCCACCUCGGCGACAUCGGCUUCAAUUCUCCCUUACUCACUAGCUCGGCCUGGCCUCAUCCAACUCCUCUUCAUCCUUUGUCAGUAAUGAAAGACGAAAUGAGCGGCAUGAAUGGCAACGGCGAGUCAACCAUCAAAGCGGAGCCGGGCAGCCCUCUCAACGGAAGUGAUGAACAAGUGUCCCCGCAGAGCAUCACCCAUUCUGGAAACUCGCCCAUCGCAAGUAACCACCUCCAAUCGUCCUUCCACCCGUCUUUCCACCACCAGCACCAAUCCCUGCACCACCAAUCACAGCAUCUGAUGGAGCUGGGCUGCGCGAAGCGACCUCGCCUCGACCACGGAGUCGUCCCCAGUUGGGCUUCCUAA